CCGUCAAAGCCCGCCACAUGUUUGAUCAAUAGUCUCCAAAGCAGUGACCAAAACCACCAUUUCCGUACAAAUUUAAUACCUUUAAUGGUUUUCUCUCGCUCUCUCUCUCUCUCUCUCUAGCUGGCUUGAUUUGUUUUACCGACUCCAAUGGUCAAAAUUCUCUAAUCCUAUAAAAAAGGGUCGCCUUGUUUUUCAUCUACGGAUUUGAUUCAUCUUUCUUCCUGAUUUCGUAUUCAAUUUGUCGUUGACGAGUUCAAAGUCUCUAUACGAGAAAAAAAAAAUUCGAUUUUUAAUUAAGUUAUAAGACUUUUCCCCUGAAGUUUGUUGUUCCUCUGUUUCGUGAGUCGUUAUGAGUACUGUGGAAAGUAGCAAACCGAAGAUCAUCAAUAGUUCUUGUGGUUAUGUUCUAGAAGAUGUUCCUCAUCUCUCCGAUUACCUUCCUGAUCUUCCUACUUAUCCUAAUCCAUUGCAAGACAAUCCAGCAUACUCAGUGGUGAAGCAAUACUUUGUUGAUGCUGAUGAUAGUGUUCCUCAAAAGAUCGUUGUUCACAAGGAUGGCCCAAGGGGGAUUCAUUUUAGACGAGCCGGGCCACGUCAAAAGGUAUACUUCGAAUCUGAUGAAGUGCAUGCUUGCAUAGUUACCUGUGGAGGUCUUUGUCCUGGCCUUAAUACCGUGAUUAGAGAAAUUGUGAGCAGUCUAUCUUAUAUGUAUGGAGUGAAGAGAAUACUGGGAAUAGAUGGUGGAUAUAGAGGCUUUUAUGCUAAGAAUACUGUCUCCUUGGACUCUAAAGUCGUAAAUGAUAUCCAUAAGCGUGGAGGGACUAUCCUCGGGACCUCGCGAGGUGGUCACGAUACCACAAAGAUAGUUGACAGCAUUCAAGAUCGAGGAAUCAAUCAGGUUUACAUUAUAGGAGGAGAUGGAACUCAGCGAGGAGCAUCUGUUAUAUUUGAGGAAAUUAGACGACGUGGCCUGAAAGUUGCAGUUGUUGGAAUCCCGAAAACAAUCGAUAAUGACAUACCUGUGAUAGACAAAUCAUUUGGGUUUGACACAGCUGUAGAAGAGGCUCAACGAGCUAUUAACGCAGCACAUGUGGAAGCGGAGAGUAUAGAGAACGGUAUUGGCGUUGUCAAGCUUAUGGGCCGCUACAGCGGUUUCAUAGCGAUGUACGCGACUCUAGCAAGCAGAGAUGUGGACUGCUGUUUGAUUCCGGAGUAACCAUUUUACCUGGAAGGUGAAGGCGGGCUGUUUGAGUACAUAGAGAAACGGCUCAAGGAGAGUGGUCACAUGGUGCUCGUGAUUGCAGAAGGUGCAGGACAAGAUCUAAUGUCGAAGAGCAUGGAAUCUAUGACACUCAAGGAUGCAUCUGGUAACAAACUUCUUAAAGAUGUUGGUCUUUGGCUGUCACAAAGCAUCAAGGAUCAUUUUAAUCAGAAGAAGAUGGUGAUGAACCUCAAGUACAUAGAUCCAACAUACAUGAUUCGAGCUGUUCCCAGCAAUGCGUCAGACAAUGUUUAUUGUACACUUCUGGCUCAGAGUGCAGUGCACGGUGCAAUGGCUGGAUACACUGGCUAUAUCAGUGGUUUAGUGAACGGACGACAAACCUACAUACCCUUCUACAGGAUAACGGAGAAACAGAACCAUGUGGUGAUCACAGACAGGAUGUGGGCAAGGCUACUAUCUUCGACAAACCAGCCGAGUUUCUUGGGCCCCAAAGAUGUCUUUGAUAAUAAAGAGAAGCCGAUGUCAGCUCUCCUGGACGAUGGCAACUGCAAUGGCACGGUCGAUGUUCCUCCAGUCACCAAAGAGAUCAACAAGUGACCUGAACAUAGGAACAACGACAUAAGCUUUGACGUUUUCAAAUGGUGUUACAAGUUUUAGGUAGGAGUAAAAUAAAAGGGUUUUGACGGUUUUACCCUUUUUGGCACAACAUAGAUGCCUCAUGUUGUAAUUUUCCACGUCAUGAUGAAGCAGAUAUAUAAAUAAGUUCCAUCUAUCCGAUUUUACAUUCUGCGAAUACAAAAAUAAAAAUUAAUAGCUUAUAUUGAUUAUAAUCA